AAAAAAACCCAAAAAAAAAAAAAAAAUGUCUCACGCAGUGUUCCAAACGGCCCAAAUCAUGCCAAUCAAUACCCAAACCAUCCCAACCACCAAAAUCUUAUCGCCAAAACCCUUAUUGCCCGUUCACACACCCGUUCACCGGCUAGUACCGGUUUCCGGUAAGCUCCUCCGCAAGGGUUUGGUUGUGAAGGCUUUGGCGCCGCCGUCUUCGGCGGCGGAGGCGGUUGACGGAGACGUUAUAGCUGGAUUGGAACGGUGUUUCAGAGCAUCGCCGCCGUCUGAAUCGUCGUCGUCAUCGUCUGCGAUGUUCGGUCCGGUUAUGAAGGGAGAGUACGGUGCUUUUGGUGCGGUGACUUUGGAGAAAUCGAAGCUCGAUAUGACGCAGAAGCAAACCCAAUCAAGUCCUGAGACUGCACUUGGAGGCGGCGGUGGUGAUAUUGGGAAAGGUUUAAGCCAUGGUGGUGGUGAUGGAGGCGACGAUAAUGGUGAUGAUGAUGAUUACUUUGAUGACUUUGAUGAUGGAGAAGAGGGAGAUGAAGGUGGAUUAUUUAGGAGACGGAAAGUUUUUCAAGAGCUUUUUGAUAGGAAAUUUGUUGAUGCGGUAUUAAAUGAGUGGCAAAGGACAAUGAUGGAUUUACCUGCAGGACUGCGACAAGCGUAUGAAAUGGGUUUGGUCAGCUCAGCACAAAUGGUAAAAUUUCUAGCAAUCAAUGCCAGGCCAACCACAACUAGGUUUAUUUCUCGAACACUUCCUCAAGGAAUGUCCAGGGUAUUCAUUGGGAGGAUGAUUGCAGAUCCUGCAUUUUUAUAUAGGUUUCUUAUGGAGCAGGCUGCCACAAUUGGCUGCUCUGUUUGGUGGGAGUUGGAAAAUCGUAAGGGAAGGCUUAGGAAGAAUUGGGAUCUCGCGCUCAUUAAUGUUCUCACUGUAACUGCGUGCAAUGCUAUUGUUGUGUGGUCACUUGCUCCUUGCCGUUCAUAUGGACACACAUUCCGAUUUGAUUUGCAAAACACAUUGCAAAAACUUCCGAACAAUAUAUUUGAGAAGAGCUACCCGCUUAGAGAAUUUGACCUGCAAAAGCGAAUCCAUUCUUUUCUUUACAAGGCUGCAGAGUUGUGUAUGGUCGGAUUUACUUCUGGUGCAGCGCAAGCUGCUUUGUCAAAUCUGUGUGCCCGUAAAAAAGAGGGAAGGUUGUCUGUUACAAUUCCUUCUGUGAAUACUAAUGCACUUGGUUAUGGGGCUUUCCUUGGCCUAUAUGCAAACCUGCGGUAUCAGCUGCUAUGUGGAAUCGAUAGAGCAAUGAUUGAUUAUUUUGAUGUUAUUGGAGUGCCACUGGUUUUCAGUACUGCUUUGAGGAUUUUGAAUGUUCAAUUAGGAGAGAGAUCCAGGCUGGCUUGGCUUGGGGUAGAGGUGGAUCUGCUAGCUCAUUCAGACGACCUCUUACAAAAGGCAUAUAAUAGACCAUCUGAGCCUGCUAGUCAGCCUUCUUCAAAUUGGUUCAUAUCCAAGAAUGCCAUAGUUUCAGGGCUUGGGCUUCUCGGCAUCAAACAAGGGCAAAGCGACUCUGCUGUCGAAGGGGAAGCACCACCUCCCAAGGCUCGGAGAAAGAGAGUUGUCAGGAAAAAGGUAACUGCAGGUUCGGCAUAGCUACUUUAUACUAGUUGGUAGCAAAUUGUUCAAUUUUGUAGGCCGAUUAUGCAACUUGAACUUGAUUUGCCAUGAGAAGUUGAAGCAGCUAAGAGAGAUGGCAUUUUACAAGGAACAAUAACUGAAAUGAGGAGAAUAUUAGAUAAGAUUGCCUAAUUUUUUUGCCUCUUUUUUUAUUAUUAUUUAUUUUUAGAUUAAAUGUGUUUGUAUCAUGAUUAGAAGUGUACUCUGAUGUUUGAAGUUGAAGAUCAUCUCAAUUUUUGUCUAGUUCAUAGGGGUGUUGAAUGACAAACUAGCGAACGUAAAAUAGUUUUUUAA